AUUAAUGAGAUAACCUCAAAAAAGAAACGUCAAAAAAAAAUUAAUAUAAUUUUAGAAAUUAUGGAUGUAAAUAACUCUUUGGAGUCUUUAGAAAAAGAAGAUCCGAUUAAAUGCAUAUUCUUUUGCGAGUUUCAUCCAGUUGUUGGGCCUGUGAUAUCUUGUCAAAUUCCCGAAAAUUAUAUUUCAAAGGAAGUUUUUGAUAGCGUAAGCGUUUAUAUUAUUACGAAAUUAGAGUUACAACGUAGUACAAUAACUGUAACUUUACCAAAUUACAAAAUAUUAGGAUUUCCCGUUCGAAUCGAUGACAAAAAGUACGCAAGAAACGCCUUCCAAUUCAAUUUAUGUUUUGUGUGUAACACCAAAGCUAGAGCAGUUCAUUAUGAGCCGGUUGUAACAAAACUCUCAGAUUAUUUAAUAGCUUUAGAAGUAGAAAAUAAUUUUUUAAGUGGUGGUAACCUCGCGAAUAAUUUAUCCCCGAUUUUAAAACAAGUCCUAAACGAUUUAAACACAAAAGGGGAGUGUGCUUUAACAGAAGGUCCAACCGCGACUCAUUUAAAAGUGGUAAAAAUCAGACACAGCCCCCAAGCAGUCGUUGAUUGUCAAGUUCCCAUCUUUAUAAAACCCCUUCCUGAAGAUAAAUGGGAUUUAACCACCCAACAAGUCGCCCCGUUCAUCGACGGGUUUAACCACGUGGCUCGAAUCGCGAAUUUAUCCGACGUUGAAAAUAAUUUAGUAAAAGCCUGCGUUCAAAAUCUCGUUUAUUACGGUGUUGUCGCUUUAGUACCACUUUUCCAAUACAGCAACAUUUAUUGCACCACCCCGAAAUUAAACGUUUUAAUACAAGACGUCGAUUUACAACGAAUUUGUUUAAAAUACGUCGCGAAAUCUCAAAGAUAUUUACCGUGUAUUCGAGACGUUUUUCGGAUUUACGCCGCAAUGACGCGGGGGACAACAAUAAGAGAUCUUUGCGUACGGUUUAAUCCAGCUAAUUUAAGAAUUAACGAGAGAAAGCUUGUGCAAUUUGGAGUUUUGGAAGGGAUUAUAAGGCGAGUACAUAAAUAUCCGGUUUUUUUGGGGGAUUGCCCCGAAUUGAAUAAAUCUUUAUCGGGAUUAGCUAGUUUAGACGAGAUUUGUUGCGCCACAGGAAUUGGGGCGCAACAACUCGAAGAUCAAUUAGAAAAGGAUAAUAAUGUUGUUAUGUUAUGGAAAUAAUAAAGAUUACCAUUAAUAAAAAAUACAAAAUUAAAAAAUUACAUUUAAAAAAUUAAAGGGAUAACCUCAAAAUUGAAAUGUCAUAUUUGACAGUUAAUAAUUUAUCUUUUUUAAAAUAUAAAAAGAAACUUUUUGUAUUAUUAAUGUAAAAUUAAAGUGUUUCUUGACUUGUUUGAGAAUGAUGUUGUGAUGUUAUGGAAAUAAUAAAGAUUACCGAAUCAAAUUUAUUUAA